UAAUUGUGGUAAACAACUUCAAUGGGAUAUCAAUUGUGACAAAUCGAGACACCAUUUAUGUUGGAUGAUGCGGUCAACUUUUCUCUUCGCAUUAACAGAAUUUCACCAAUAUUUGAGUAACCUAAAUACCAAUUCAAAGCGCUUGACACAUCACUAAGUAGCAAAGAUGAGGGGAAUAUACUUCUUGCUUAUAUUGUGUACGUUAGUUCUUUCAACAAUAGCAGCUUGUAAGUGUAUGUCAAAUAUUGUUGCUUUCUCUAGCCACUAACUGUCCGUACAGCACCUCCAUCUUUUUGCAAAUGUACCUGCUUUACGAAUAGCACCAUCAUUCCCUUGUCUUCUCAUUCGAGCUCUUCAUCUGAUAAAUCAGACUCCAAACACGACUCUCGUGCUCCAGCGGCGACAUGUACUAUGUGCAAUCGAGCAUUCUGUCUCGCCCAACGACUACCGAUAUGUAAAGAGGCCGAAGAGAAAGAUGUAUUCACAACAUGCUUUCAGCGAGAUAGCAGAAAGGAUCAGAUCGUAGUCCUGACAUUCAUUGCUGGUACUUUAGGCUUGCUUGGUUGGGCAGCGGUGAGAAAAGUUGUUGAUAAAAGGAAAGGUUUACACGUUGGAAUUGGCGACACGCAACCAGGAUAUACUCCCGUUGGAGUUAGAUGAUCACGCCGUCGGUAGAUCAAAACGUCGAGGAGAAGUGCGUAAGUAUGCAUAGUUUGAGGGAACAAGGCAUUUUCCUUCCAAAAUUUGCCAUAUUUUUAAAGUCUUUUAGCUUAUGACGGAUUCAGCACAUGAAAAACAAUGCCGAGUGCCAAUAUGUC